AUGGUGGUUGGCUUACUGGCGUCCUUGGCAGCAGUGAUCUUCGGAUGGAUACCAGAGGCUCACUUUAAUAUUCACCAUGGACUAUUAUUGUAUGUCAGUGCACUUGUCCCAGCCUCUGUUGCCAGUUUCCUGCUUGGUCUUGUAAUGGUCGCGGUUAUAUUGCUCUCUAAACGGAUGAACAUUAACCCUGACAAUGUUGCCACGCCAAUUGCUGCAUCUCUCGGUGAUUUGACAACACUCGCGUUACUGUCAUGGGUAGUCUCCUAUUUGUAUCGAUCUAUCAACAAUCAAUCAUGA